AGAAGUGGUUCGAGGUCCUGGCGAGUGAGCACUGACCGAGGAAGAGGACUAUGAUAAGAAGUUAUGAUGGAGCUAUUGCGCUGUUUUGGAUACCGACCGUGACCGCGAGACCACCGAGCUGGACAAGGCCACCUGCUGAACUCCAAUCAGGAACUAACGGGAUUUGUUUUUUCUGUGCGUUUCUCCCUGGAAAGUAAAGCCGAGCAGGUUUGGAUAGCUCUUCCUGUUACAAAGUCGGCGGUUCUUAAGUUUGUAUGUUGUGAUAAAGCCCAGCUCAUUGUUGCUUCUGAUAAGACCGUCUAAUUAUGGAUACCCUCACGCAGCGGGAUGCGGGAUUUCCUGCGGGAGCGCCGCAAAGUUGCGGUCAGACGCCGUUAUUGGAGAUUUGGGUUUAAUAAUGCGAACUGGUCAGCCCUGAAACUUGUCGUAAAACACUGGUUGGCUGGACUGAAUGCUCCUUUCCUGCUAUUCUUCUCCGCUUCUCAGCGCUUCCUGCUUGUGGUGGCCACUGCACUUAAUGGCUAAAAAUACAUAAAACUCAAAAUGGACAGCUAAAUGUUGCGGGAAUCGUAAUUUGGAGUUGCAGUGGCAACACUUGGAAGUACUUUCCAGCGAGCUUCGGGGCCGUUUUAUUUUUGUCCUUGUACUUUUAGUCUCUUCAUAAUCACAACUCAACAGGUGGCAAUUUUGAAUGAGGGAAGAGAAGAGCUAAUUUGCCCAUAAUGAGGUGAUUCAAGAGCCUCUUAAGUACAGGCCGGUGAAAUGAUAUUGUGCUCAAACCAUGUGUUGGGGAAACCACACACCACAUCACUUACACAGAGAGAAAUUCAGUGGAGACAGUGCUGCCUUUCUGAGCUUUGAUACACUUAGCCAUAAUCAAACAAAAGCAGUCUCUUGACUGGUUCUGCAUUUUCAAAUGGAGAGCUUUGCAUUUCACGUCAAGACGAAUGAAAGACGCUUGCUGUUCAGUUAUCUUUGAAUCCUCUCCUGCAGCCCACUUGUUGGUCAAGCUUUUGAACACAUUUCACUGGUCCCUGAUGAACCAACAAGAAAGACAGGAAAGGGAGCGAGGCGCAAUAAAGUACUCCUUUGUACUUUAUUUUCAAAUCCUUGGGGUGCAGAAUCAGAUCCAGUCAAAACAUCUGCUUGAGGCUCCAUGGAGCCACUGAAGAACAUAUUCAGUCGUGGCCCACUGUCGAACUGGAAAAAUUUGGAACAAUCACAAAAAGGGAACUUCACCAAUCCCGUGUGGACAGCCUUAUUUGACUAUGAGGCGUCCUGUAAAGAUGAGCUCACCUUGCGUAAAGGUGACCUGGUGGAAGUCCUCUCUCUGGACUCUGAGAUAUCAGGGGACGAGGGCUGGUGGGCGGGUAAGGUCAACAACAAGGUGGGCAUCUUCCCGUCCAACUACGGCUCCUUCAAGCCCAGUGGAUACGGGAAACUUCAGGGCAGCGGCGUGGUCGGCGAGCUCAGCCCGGCGGUGGUGGGCGAGUUCGAACCUGAGGUGUUGGAUUUCCGGGAGCUGAGCUUGGAGGAGGUCAUCGGGGUCGGGGGCUUCGGGAAGGUGUAUCGCGGUACAUGGAGAGGCGAGCUGGUGGCUGUGAAGGCCGCUCGUCAAGACCCGGACGAGGACAUCAGUGUGACGGCUCAGAACGUUAGGCAGGAGGCACGUCUGUUUGCCAUGCUCACCCACCCGAACAUCAUUGCCCUGAAAGGCGUCUGCCUGCAGGAACCCAACCUGUGCCUCAUCAUGGAGUACGCCUCAGGUGGGCCGCUGAGCCGGGCGCUGGCGGGCCGUCGCAUCCCUCCGCAUGUCCUGGUCAACUGGGCCGUGCAGAUAGCCAAAGGGAUGUUGUAUCUGCACAGCGAGGCCAUCGUCCCCGUCAUCCACCGUGAUCUCAAGUCCAACAACAUCCUUCUGGCUCAGCCCAUAGAGAAUGAAUGUAUGGAAGGUUUGACGUUGAAGAUCACCGACUUCGGCCUGGCGAGGGAGUGGCACAAGACCACCAAGAUGAGCACCGCGGGCACCUACGCCUGGAUGGCCCCAGAGGUCAUCAAGUCCUCCACCUUCUCCAAGGGCAGCGACGUCUGGAGCUAUGGUGUUCUGCUGUGGGAGCUGCUAACAGGAGAGGCACCCUACAAAGGGAUUGAUGGACUUGCUGUCGCCUACGGAGUCGCUGUCAACAAGCUCACCCUUCCCAUCCCUUCCACGUGCCCCGAACCCUUUGCCCAGCUCAUGUCAGAGUGCUGGGACCAGGACCCCCACCGCAGACCCAAUUUCGGCUCCAUCCUGGCCCAGCUGACGGCCCUGGAGCAGCAGGUGAAGGAGGAGAUGCCACAGGACUCCUUCCACUCCCUGCAGGAGGACUGGAAGCUGGAGAUCCAGGACAUGUUUGACGAACUCCGGGCUAAAGAGAAGGAGCUGCGAUGCCGUGAGGAGGAGCUGAAGCGAGCGGCUCUGGAGCAAAAGUCCCACGAAGAGUUCUUGCGGCAGCGCGAGCAGCAGCUGGCCCAGUGGGAGCAGGACGUGUUCGAGCGCGAGCUCAGCCUCCUCAUCCUCCACCUGAACCAGAACCAGGAGAAACCCAACGUCAAGAAGAGGAAGGGCACCUUCAAGAAGCACAAGCUCAAGAGCAAGAACGGCGAGAAGAUCAGCAUGCCCCAAGAUUUCAUCCAUAAGAUUACGGUGCAAGCAUCUCCCGGCCUGGAGAAGAGGCGCAACUCUCCCGAUUUGGGUUCAGGCUCUUCGCCCUCCUUCGGCCCACGUUUCCGCGCAAUCCAACUCAGUCCCAGUGACAGCUGGACGUUUGGGCUGAGCCCAGUCUGGCCCCAAGAGGCGCCUUCUCUCAAACAAGCCAACGGAGACCUAAGGUUGGGCCCCCACUGGAGGCCCCAGAGCCCGAAAAGUCCCAAAAGCCCCAAAGUCCUGCGCCUCAGUCCUCAGGAAAGCAGUCUCUCGAUGAGAGCCAAGCUCCUGGAAUCAGACAGCAAUGAGAACAGAGAGUCCAAGGAUGACUUUGAGGAAUAUAGACCCUCCACCCCGACCCCUCCCUCUGCUCAGAACGGCUCCUCAGUGAAGGACAGCCUGCGGCUUCCUCUACCUCAGGGAGACUCGGGCAGCGAGGAAGGGGGUUCCUCCCCGGCUGGCUCCCCCAGGCCUGAGAGGGGUUCCCUCGGUGGCCUGAUUAAGAGCACCCACCGGGCCCUGCUUGGCGGUGGCUCCCUCCUGGCCUCCGUAGGACUGGGUCGCUGCCUCGAUAUCCCCCCAAGGGUGCCCCCUCGAACUAACCCCCCUUCCCUAGAGGACCGCACCCCCUUCGAACUGGAGAUCUCCUCCCCUAAACCCCUCAUUUCAGACCCCCCAGUAGUGGAUGAUCUCAUCACCUUCUCCAUCUCUGAGCCUCUUCCCAGACCACACUUGGAUUUAGCUCUGCAGUACCAAGAACUUAAGCCCUUGCCCCUGACUCCGCCACCACCAAACCCCCGUGAGAGGAGCAGCCACCGGACGCCGCACAGUCCGCAGAGCCCUAGAACCCCCCUGCAGCACGACAGGGCCUGCCCAGGGGAAUGGACCCCGAGUUCCCUUUCUACCAAUGGGGAGCUUGGCUGUGAGGCGUGGGAACACAGAGCUGACAGGAGGAGGAGGUCCAGCCAAGGCUUGCACACCUCUCAGCUAGUUUUGGACCUGCCCUUGUGCCAAGACACACAGGACCCUGAUGACAAGCCUUCGGUGCCCUAUUUUCUCCACCCCAACCCCGCCCUCUGGAGCCCCAAAACCCGGCGCCUGGAGGUCAGCGUCAUCCCCCGGCCCCGCCCAUCCCCCAUCCGCCCCCGCAUUGACCCCUGGAGCUUCAUCUCAGCCGGUGGUGGGAACUCAGGUGGGGGCCGCAGCCCUAACCGCCCUGACAUCAGCCCUCUGGGUUACCAGCCCUCGCCCACCAACCCGUUCACCAACUGUGACCCGUUCCCAUCACCGGACUGUGACCCAUUUGCCCUCAAAGCUGACCCCUCCAGCGGCUCGGACCCGGCAUCGACCUUUGACCCUUUCUCGGCUCCCUUUCCCACUUCCCGCUCGGCCCCGUGCUCCACCAACGGCUCGCCAACGUUGCCCUCGUUCCGCAUAGCGCCCCUCAACCCAGCUGACUCACCCCUGAUCGACCUGGGCUGGGCGGCCUGCGGCAAGCCCCUGGAUGGCACCAAAGAGAGAGCUCACCCCCGCAGGACACUGGGGCUCAAGCCCUUCAAGUCCCCGACGCAGCUCAGAGACGACAGAUUCUAAACCCGGUCUCGCCUGUGGCACGUGGCCGACUUUCACUUACGGAUGUUGAAAAAAAAAAAAGUUUUUUAUCACAGGAAUACAGUCCAGGACCGUUUCCACUAGAUCUUUAAAGGAAAGGUGGUACAUUGGAUUGUGGGAUAGUUACCUGUGAACCAACUGCAGGUGCUCGUUUGAUUCUCCCUCUUCUGUUUCUGUUUCUCUUUCCCUUUGAAUGAGCAGAACACAGAUCAGUAGUCCCAUCGUCAGAUUCUAUCAGACUGCUCAUAUCACCUGCUUUCAUCUCUCCCUACCUUUGAAGCAUUGUGACAAUGCAGAGGUGGAUAAGGCGACUUGCACAGCUUCAUCUGCCUCUACCUCUCUGCAGACUGAAAGCAUUCAGGACAAUGGAGUGCCUUAUUUUCGUGAAGUGUUUUUAAUAUAUAUCUUUUCAAGGCUCCUUGAAUGGUUAAUCUGGUUGCGUAGGGAAGAUGCUAUGAAAAUUUGGCUUAAAUUUGCAAAUCAGCUUAGCAUUGCUGUGGAAGAAACUGUCGUCUGCGCGUGCGUGCGUGUGUGCAUGUAUGUCUAGACUCAUUGUUCAAGGAAAGCUUACUGUUGUGUUUUUUUUUUUUUUUUUUUUUAAAUGCCUGUUGCAUUAUGGGAGAAAGCACUCAGAGUGGAUAUUCUAGGCCGCUCAUGAAAUCCAAGACAAAACCAUGACCCAGGCAUUCCACUUGGAAGCAGAUAACAUUCCAGUCACAUUCCCCGGGAAAUGCCAGGGAUUGGACAGAUUCAUUCGGCUGGCAGGCAACAGAGCACAGGAAACAGGACGGGGGAGCCCUCUGCAUUCCCUUCAUAUGCCAAAGAAUGCCACUGUGACAGUGUAAGGGCUGGGACAAAGAGUGUCUGCCAAUAAGUUGUUUUUACCUCCGCAGAGUGCCAGACGGGUGGGUUUGCCACACUGGACAGCACAGAGAGAGAGAGAGAGAGCUGAGACAAUCACAGACAGUAUUGAAAGACAACUUUAAUAUACUUUUCUGUGGUUAUUAGACUUAUUUGACCCCACCCGGGCUGUUUUAUCACCACCCGUCUGAUGCUUUAGGAAGGUUCGACCAAAAAUUAGUAGUUGCAAAAAUACCGUAGUUCGUAGGUAGGGAUGCUUCAUUGAAUUCUUCAUGUGUACAGUCCACCGGAGUCGAAGUAGCCUCACAAAGCCAGACCACAAUUUCACCAUGUUACAUUUCCCAAAUCGAUCCACCUGAAGUAGUUUCUGAAAAAAAUAUGAGCCAGAAACCACAACCAUAGCAACAGUGCUCCUAAACAACUCUCCUCACUGUUUUUUUUUUUAAUUUAAAAAAAAAAAUUUUAUAGGUUAAAAUAAAUCCAUCCUAAACCAUUUUAACAGUAACUAAACUAAAAAAAAAAAAAAGAUCUGGCAAGGAUCCUCUGGAUAACUGCGAUGUCAUGUUGAGAGAUCCUCUCAGAAUAGAUACAACAGAGAAGUUCAGGCAUCGAACACUAACACAGAGAGAAGAUUCAUGGCAGAGAUGCUGAAAUAUCAAUUUUUUUUUUUUGGCACCAACGGCAGCCUCAACUCAUCAGGAUGCACUGGAGCAGCACCCUCGGUUCACAAUCAUUAUCAUCGAUGGCCGUUCUGUAUACUAAAUGUAACAUGUUCAUACAGUUUCUCAGGGUUUUUUUUUUUUUCUCUCUCUUUAAAAAAGCAUCCUGGGAAAUGUAUGAGGUGAGGCAGGCUGAGGGAAAGCGGCUGCAGCAACAGAAUACAUCAGGAAAAUAACUUGUGGAAUGGGUUGAACAUCACAGACUGAUGAUGCAUCAGCAUCCAAGGCUGUUUUUUUUUUUUUUCCCUCUCUCUUUGUUCAUGACGUUCUGCUGGUUCCCAAGCAUGUCGCCUGUCGUAGAUCAAGCAUGUAAGCACCUGAAAGAGACGUCGCGUUCGCCACUUCCUUUACUUGAGCAUUACAAGGUACAAAUACUGAUUGGGGUUCAUCACUGACACCGUGUCAUUGGAAGACAAUAAGAGCUUUGUUCUGAUGAAGAGCGAAAACCUCGUCUCCAAAGGGGAGAAAGCUUUGAGAUUAGCCUAAUAAUCCUACUGACGGAAAAAGAGGAGGCUGAUAGUGAUAAUUAGCCUCUCGAUAAUAGCAGGGGGUCUUAACAAAGCGUUCAGAUAUUUGGUUAAUUAAUUUGCCCCAACAUCACAAAAAUGCCCUGCAUCCUCCUCACAAGGUAUUGAGUCACAUCCUGCAUCAGCUUAGGUCUCGACCGAAGCUUUAUUAUUAUUUUUUUUUUUGAGCUGCUUUUCCUCCCUUCCCUUCCUUUUCUCUCUCUCCCAGUUUGCCACUGGCUUCUCAGCUGCUGGACCGGAUAAAAUCUUCACUGUCAAGGCUCACGUUUUUUAUCUUGCGUCCCCCCCCCCUCAGGUGAUGCAGGAGAUAGCUGUCUUUUUCUCUUCUUACUCCUACUCCUUCGCUUCCUUCUCCUCUGGAAACUUUUCUGGAGGGCAGUUGUUGCUCUGGCUCUGCAGAGUCAGUCAGUUCGGUAAUAGCCAGGUUUCUACUUGGGGGGGCCGGGGGGGGGGGGGGGGGGGGGGGGGGGGUGCCAUUUGUUCAAGGACGGUCCAUUUACUGAGGCUGUUGACUUUGUUUUGAAUUGAAACAGGAGCUUUAUGAUUCAUUUCUAUUCCGCAUUAGUUUUUCUCUUCCAAGUAAUUCUCUAUGGCAACAAAGAGACGCAGUGUUUGCUCCGUAUGUUUCAGUGUGUUGUCCGGCCACAUCAAAAGGCAAAAGUGUUUAUGGGAGUUCUGAAUGGCCGCACUUGUAGAUGGCGGUGAAAAGCCUGCUGUCGUAGAGAAGGUCGAGAUGUCAUGAGUUGUAUAAAAGGGAACAGUGGCGCACAUUUUUGUCUCCUCUUGAAAGCGUUUGUGGUGUUGAAAGAUUCAAAAAUUGUUGUACAGAUUUUUCAGACUAUGAUUUAGGAAUCGAGAUCUAACAAGCACUUAAUCUGAAGCUUUAACCCUUGUCUGAGAGGAUGUCCAGUUCUCUGAACAUGCAGGUAAAAGCAAGAAAGCCACCUUUCAAACAAAGGGAGUUUUUACUGCUUUAUAUUGACCUGUGAAUACGAGCAGUGUGGGUCUUCUUAAAGGUGUGGAAACGCCUGAGUUUUAAUAUAAAAUUUCCCCCACCUUCCUCCGCUCGCUCGUCCUCAGCAACAGCAUUUUACAGACGUGACAAGAGACGAGUUAUUGCCUCGUCUCUUUGUGUCAACACACAAAGCCCGCAAGAGCUAUCCUGUGAUAGUCAUUAGGCUCGGAUAGCUGUUAUUGUCAACAGAGCUCUGUGAGCAAAAAAAAAAAAAAGAAAGAAAGAAAGAUACACGAAGGAAAUUGAGAUGAUUGAAACGUCUGGCAGAUUAUUUCUGUCACAAAUUCACUCUGUGUGUCAAGUAUCCACUUCAACCUGCCACUCAUGUCUCGUCUGUAUGUUCUCUCAGUGCUCUCAAACUGUAAUUUUCCCUCAGACCUGAUGUUGAAAAGCGUUACCUGCUGUUCUCCAUCAAGAGCACGCACAUUGAAUAAUUGACUAUAUAAAAUAUUACUUGCAAUAACAGCAGCCGCUGUGAUUUUCACUUAUGAUUAAGCUAUUGCCUGUAGACAGGGUGGGAAUAUGUUUCCUCCUGGUGAUAAGUUUCUGGAAGUGGUGAGAAACUAAUACUAAUACUGCUUUUUUUUUUCCAUAAAACAAAACACUCCUACCUCCUAAGGCAUAAUAAGAACUUGACAGAAGUCCUUGUUUGGUAGCUGAGGGAAUAAGCGGGACAAAUUUUAGUAAGUCUUUUGUGGACAGGGACGAGCGAUUCUUGGUUUUGGCUGUCAGAUUUAGGAACCGUAGCUGCCACCCGUCUGUCGGAGCUGACAGCCGGCACUCCAAUAAGAAACUCCUGAUGAGUUGUUUGUGACGCUCUGCUCUUCCAGGCGUCGCUCUGCCAUCCAUCAUCGCAAAUCAGCGUCUCCGGGCACAAACUUGACAGGGGAGAAUGGAAGUGAAUUCUCUACAGGAGAGAGCGAUAGCUGGCCACCAGCGAUCAGCCUUCAGCCCCCCCCACCCCCCCGCGGUGGCAGGGAGCGGACAUGAUUUGAUGAUCUUAAUUCAAAGUUCAAGCUCAGACCAUUGCCCCUAAUCAGUGAACGGCAAACGGUCAAUACAUUACAUGAAUAAAAGCUAAUGAGACGGCACAAUGGAGGAACCCAAUGCCCUGACCCUCAUCACGCCAAGAGGCUACUUGUGAGCCGUGGUUGUGUUUAAGAAUUUCAGAGCUGAAAAAUCAGAGCCAUUGUCCAGAAGGAAGAAGGAAAAAAAAAUGUGAGCUUGUUAUUUUCUGGCCUUUGUGACAGAUUAACAGAGGAAAGUGUUACCUCAUGCCUCCAUCCAGUGGGGUUGCACUCACACUUUAAGCUUAAUUUGCCUUAGUGAACAGUAGAUAUGUUUACAUACAUACUAAUUAUCUGAUUUACCCUGAUGGAUCCAUUAAUUCAAGUGUAUAGGUGGGAAAUAACAGCUUAUCAACCUGCUACGAGCCUAAUUUUUAAGUCAAGACCAAUAUGACCAGUUUAAAUACCAAUAUUUUUUUUACACACAGAAUUUAGUCCCUAUCAAACAUGAAUUAUACUGUCAGAUAAUUAGAAUGGAGUAAAAGAAAAUAUAAAGCUUUAUAUUUUAACUUCCAAAAAAGGAAGGACUCUUUUUGUUUUUGUUUUUUGCUAAAUCACGACACAAUGAGUGAAAUACAGUGAAGGCUGCAGGUAUUUUUACGUUCCCCUUUAUAAUAUGAAGGCAGUUCAGUGCCAUCUUUGUGUUUCCCACACCAUGCAGAUGCUUCAGUGCGAUUAGAUUCAGUUUUAUAAAUGUGUUAAAAUGGCCCAAAGGGGGGAAAAUAGACGUGAGUGGAGUCUCAGUGUGUUUGUCACAGAGACAGCAUGGUGGCGAGCGAUGGCGGCGGAAGGUGAUACUUUUCUGUGAUUACAAUGAGGAGGGACAUGCGCUGCUUUAACACCUGAACUGAACUAUGACCGUAUUCUGAGUGUUGCAUGUAAACAUGCCCGUUUCUACUGCAGACUUUAAGGAAGCCAGAAAGUCGAGUCAGGAGGGGACUGUAGUUCUUAAAUUGCCGCAGCUCAAGGAUGUUUUCUCUCUCCUUCGCAGUCGCUGAGAAAAUUGUAGAAUUCAACAAGGACGGAGUGGAAAAAAAAAAACCUUAGGCCGAACACGAGUCACAUGUAUUUUAUUGAUGAAAUCUUACCUUGGCGGUUCAAUG